ACAACCCCAGAACCGAGCUCAUUCCUGCUCUCACAUUCAAUGCCGGAGAGAGUGCGCGUCGGUUCCGAUUAAAGAAGUCGGUGGUAACUCGGGCUGCUUCCCCAAACUCGCUCCGAUCAUCCCGUCACAUGCGCUGACACGUCUCCCGACACAAGACAACAUCCCGUCGGGCGGCGGACGGAUCGUUUGGGCUGCUUUGACACAUUGUGAGCACAGAGGAGCAGAAGAAGGAGAAGAAGAAGACGCGGAGAGGAGGGGAAGAUGUUGCUGAAGGAGUACAGGAUAUGCAUGCCCCUCACUGUGGAGGAGUACCGGAUUGGGCAGCUGUACAUGAUCAGUAAACACAGCCAUGAGCAGAGCGAUCGAGGCGAAGGCGUGGAGGUCGUCCAGAACGAGCCGUAUGAAGACCCGGCGCACGGCCAAGGACAGUUCACAGAGAAACGAGUCUACCUCAACAGUAAAUUACCCAGCUGGGCUCGAGCAGUGGUUCCCAAAAUCUUCUACGUGACAGAGAAAGCCUGGAACUACUACCCUUACACCAUAACAGAAUACACUUGCUCAUUCCUGCCCAAGUUCUCCAUCCACAUAGAGACAAAGUACGAGGACAACAAAGGAAGCAAUGACAACAUCUUCGACACCGAGCUGAAAGACCAGGAGAGGGAGGUGUGCUUCAUCGACAUUGCCUACGACGAGAUCCCCGAGCGCUACUAUAAAGAGUCUGAGGACUUGCGAUAUUUCAAGUCGGAUAAGACGUCGCGAGGGAUGCUUCAGGAGGGCUGGAGGGAUACGCAGGAUCCCAUCAUGUGCUCGUACAAACUGGUCACGGUCAAGUUUGAGGUUUGGGGGCUGCAGACACGAGUGGAGCAGUUUGUGCACAAGGUGGUCCGGGAUGUGCUGCUGCUGGGACACAGGCAGGCCUUUGCCUGGGUGGAUGAGUGGAUAGAUAUGACAUUGGAUGACGUGCGGGAUUACGAGAGACAAAUGCAUGAGAAAACCAACAUUAAAGUUUGCCAUGAGCAGCAAGAGCAUUCCACAACAAACCCAUCUUCACUGGAUGACAUAGAGAUCCAUGACAAAGCAAGCACAUGACAAUGGAUGAGGUGAGAGAGUUUGAGCGCGCCAUCCAGGAGGCCACCAACCAGAAGAUUGGGAUGUUUCCCCCAUCGAUCUCCAUC